AUGGCGGAAUCUAGCAACUUCAAGAACGAGGCUCGACGGAGCGAGGAAGGCCAAGGCCUCCUCAACGGCGAUGAGAAGCGGAUCGAUGAAAGCUACGAUCUCGAGGCUAACGCCAGCCCUGCCACCGAUCCCGGGAGCAACGCCGAAAGGAACCGCAACCCCGUCGAAUACACCAUCUCUCCCCAGGUCAAGUUUGGCUGGUUGAGCGCCUACUUUAUGUUCAGCUUGGUGCUGACCCUAUACAACAAGCUGAUCCUCGGAGCUUUCCCCUUCCCGUGGCUCCUUACUUCGAUUCACGCCACCUGUGCGAGUUUGGGCUGCUACAUGCUGAUGCAAUGCGGUUACUUCACCAUGUCUCACUUGGGCCGCCGCGAGAACCUCACUCUCCUUGCCUUCAGUCUGCUCUUCACCACCAACAUCGCCGCUUCUAACCUAUCACUCGCCAUGGUCUCAGUGCCAUUCUACCAGGUCUUGCGAACGACAGUGCCCGUCUUCACCGUUCUCAUCUACCGUGUCGUCUUCGGCCGCACCUAUGAGAACAUGACAUACCUGACGCUCGUGCCCAUCAUGAUCGGCGCUGCCCUAACGACCAUUGGCGAAUACACUUUCACCGACCUGGGCUUUCUGCUCACCUUUGCGGGCGUGGUGCUUGCCGCAGUCAAGACGGUCGCCACAAACCGCAUCAUGACCGGCCCUCUCGCCCUCCCUGCGAUGGAAGUUCUGCUGCGUAUGUCGCCCUUUGCGGCCAUGCAGUCCUUGGCCUGCUCCAUCGCCGCCGGCGAGCUCGGAAACCUCAACACCAUGCGGGUGGAGGGCAACAUUAGCCUUGCCACCGUCAUCGCCCUCCUCGGCAACGGCAUCCUCGCUUUCGCCCUCAACGUUGCCUCUUUCCAGACGAACAAGGUCGCCGGAGCUCUCACAAUGAGCAUCUGCGGCAACUUGAAGCAGUGUCUCACUGUCGGACUUGGCAUCGUUGCCUUCGGUGUCGAGGUCCACCUGUUCAACGGCUCCGGCAUGUUUCUCACCAUGAUUGGUGCUGCUUGGUACAGCAAGGUCGAACUCGAUCGCAGAUCCCGCAAAUGA